CUCAGCUUCCCUGCCUGCUUCCUGCAGAUGUACCUCUUCCACAGCUUCUCCUGCUCUGAAGCCUUCAUCCUGGUGGUCAUGGCCUAUGACCGCCAAGUGAAUAUCUGCCGCCCACUGCACUACCCUGUCCUCAUGACCCCACAGACCAAUGCUACACUGGCAGCCUGUGCCUGGCUCACUGCCCUCCUCCUGCCCAUCCCAGCAGUAGUGCAGACUUCCCACUUGGCUUUUGACAGCACUGCUCACAUCUAUCACUGCUUCUGUGACUACUUGGCCGUGGUCCAGGCCUCCUGCUCUGACACCAUGCCCCAGACCCUCAUGGGCUUCUGCAUUGCCAUGGUGGUAUCCUUCCUGCCCCUUCUCCUGGUGCUUCUCUCCUAUGCCCACAUCCUGGCCUUGGUGCUUCGCAUCAGCUCCCGAGAAGGACGUUCAAAAGCCUUCUCCACCUGUAGCUCCCACCUCCUGGUGGUUGGCACAUACUACUCAUCCAUUGCCAUAGCCUAUGUGGCCUACAGGGCUGACCUGCCCCUUGAUUUCCACAUCAUGGGCAAUAUGGUACAUGCUAUUCUCACACCUGUCCUCAACCGUCUCAUCUACAUGCUGAGGAACAAGGAUGUCAAAGUAGCCAUCACCAGAAUGGCAUGUCCCCAGAACCCAGGGCAUUGUGGGGACCCUUGA